UUUGUUCACCGGGGAAAUGUUUUCAUGCAGGGGAAUUACAUUGUGGCACGCCUUGAUUAGUUACAUUCAACGUCACAUCAACAUGUUCCUGGGACUAGUGCUUCGCAAGCCCCGGAUGCAGGCAUGGCGUGAACGAUCCAGACUGUUUGUGCAGCAGCAUGUCACUAGUUCUUGUUCAUACGCUAAGUAGAACAUGUCAGUCCAAUACCUAUGCCUGCGAAGACCCACAUGUCAGCUCAACAUAGGUAAGGUUGUACAUAAGCAUACGGGUCAUCCCUCGAACGAGAGAGCUGCUCUGGAAUCGCUUUUUACUCCUACGGAUAGGUUUCCAUACCGACGGACACGAUGAUUCCAAACCGAGGGCCCCAGCUUCUUGCUGUUGAUAUCGCCUUCGUGGUCAUGGCAGUGGUGUCGAACAUUAUGAGAUGCUUUGUUCGCGUCAGGAUGGUAAAGGUUUUUGGACUCGACGAUUGGCUGAUGGUCCUCGCGACUCUGGUCUUCGUUUUGUAUGCUUCCUCUUCCAUGGUCGGAGUACACUAUGGAACUGGCCGACAUCAUAGUGAUCUAUCCACCGAAGGCAUCCAAACCGCGAAGAACUGUUGGUGGUACUGCUAUCUCGGCUACUGCACCUCGACAGUUCUGACCAAAAUAUCGAUUGGGUGCUUUCUCCUUCGAAUCCUUACCAACAGGAUCCACAUCUUGAUUGUUUACGCGGCUAUGGGCACCACAGUCGUAGCCGGGUUGACCUUCUUCUUCGUCACGGUCUUUCAAUGCUACCCAGUCUCAUACUUCUGGGACAAGACUCAGGACGGCACUUGUGUCAAUAUGGAUGUUGUCAUUGCUCUUGCCUUCAUUUACAGCGUCUGCACUAUCAUCUCGGAUCUAGUUUUCGCUGUACUGCCAGCCUUUGUUGUUUACAACCUGCAAUUGAAACGGGGAACUAAAAUCGCCCUGAUACCACUUCUUACCAUGGGAGUCAUCGCGAGUGCAGCAGUGACAGCUCGAUUGCCGUUUCUUACCGAGAUCGGGUCACCAGACUUUUUGUGGGCCACACUCGACAUUGCGAUAUGGUCGACCGUCGAACAAGGUCUGAGCAUCACAGCAGGCAGUCUUGCAGCUCUCCGUCCUCUAUUCCAAUUGAUCGUUCAGAAAUUUGGAAACCUCACACUUCCAAGCCAAAAGCCAUACGGUAAAUCUACACCUGCAGACAGCGUAAAUGUUAGCAGUCGUCCAAAACCAAGUCAGAAUGAUUUCGGCAUGUACAAAAUGUCUAUUGUAGCGGAAACAAGGCACUCGGACGAAGAGUCGCUACGAAAAACCACCGACCGUAACGGGUCGCCAGACUGGCCGAGCCACGCUGUCGACGACAACAGAAACGACCGUGGAAGCGAGAUGGAUAUAAACUGGCAGAGUGCUCAGAGCAAUGCAAAUGACGGAUUACAAAUUAUGGUUGAGCGUAGUUUCCAUGUCACCGAUGAAGAGUGGGGGUCGAGUGUUUCGCGUGAUGAUACCAACUUUUGACCAUUAUAUCUAUAGCAUUUAAUAUACCCUCUCCUUUCUCCGGUGGAC